AAAAUUGACUACACAGUUACUGACGCCGAAUAUUCACCCUAUUAUACGUCUCGCACGUUAUACCCUGUCUUUGAUCCUGCGUUUGUCCAAUUAAUUGUUUAAGCCUUUAAGAAGAUCAAAUUCCAACUCAUAAAGUCACAUACAAAGAAUAUUAUUAACAUUUAGGAGGUAGUGGAGAUCAAAUUCCAGCUGUUAUUGUUGUUUUAUCGAAAACCCCCGAAGGAAUCGAAAUUGAAACUAAAGCGGAACAGAACAUAGACCGUGAUUUGUUCCAAUCGCUGUUGUCGUGGCCAUGGAGAGUGUGAAUGAUCUGAUCCAAGAGGCCAAGCUCCGCACUCUCUGGUGGGCCCUCUGUAUAUUCGCCGUUUCCUAUUUUCUAACUCAUACAAGUAAAUCAAUGUGGAUGAAUGUACCCAUGUCUAUCCUUUUUGUUUCCGGCUUGCGCUUUCUAUUUAAUAAGGUGGAGUUCCGUUGGAAGGUUCAACAACCUAGAAAGCAGACCUAUCUAUCUCAUUUGGAGAAAAAGCAAUUGUCUCUGAAUGAUCCACGUCUUUCUAGUUUGCCUCCCCCUGCGAAAUGGAAGAGGAAAAUUGAUUCUGCUCCUGUGGAGGCUGCAAUGAGCGAUUUCAUUGAUAAGAUUUUGAAGGAUUUUGUGGUUGAUUUGUGGUACUCAGAAAUUACUCCAGAUAGGGAGUUUCCAGAGCAGAUACAUGCAAUAAUUAUGGAUGUUCUAGCUGAAAUAUCCGGGAGGGUUAAAGAGAUAAACUUGGUUGACUUGCUGACGAGGGAUUUAGUAGAUUUAGUAGGUGAUCACUUAGAAUUAUUCAGAAGAAAUCAAGCUGAUAUAGGCGUUGAUGUUAUGAAAACAUUAUCUUCUAAGGAGAGGGAUGAUAGAUUAAAAUUCAAUCUGUUGAAUUCUAAGGAGCUUCAUCCAGCACUAAUAUCUCCUGAGAGUGAGUACAAGGUUCUUCAGCGGCUAAUGAGUGCUGUUAUAGCUACAGUACUAAGACAACGAGAAGCUCAGUGUCCUGUGAUUCGUUCUAUAGCUCGGGAACUUUUAACUUGCUUGGUAAUGCAGCCUAUUAUGAAUUUGGCAAGCCCUGGGUAUAUUAAUGAACUGAUUGAAUCUCUUCUGCUUCUCUUUAAUGAUGAUGGCACGAAAGGGAUGGGCAGUGAUCAGUCAACUAAUGUAGCAAGUCACUAUCAUAGACAUUCUGUUGCCAGUGAGGGUGGACACCACAAUCUCACAGCCUCUAAUAAGCAUUCAUCUUUAAAUCAAGGAACGGAUAUGGUAUUGGCCAAAAUGAGUGAUCAGGGUGGGAAACCAUUGCAAUAUAACUCUCUUAAUCAAGAAUCUUCACAGGUUAGGCCUGCUGAUUGGGCACAAAUGUUGGAGGUUGCAACUCAGAGGAGAACUGAAAUUCUUAUGCCUGAGAACCUUGAGAACAUGUGGACAAAGGGAAGGAAUUACAAAAGGAAAGAGAACAAAAUUAUCAAAACUGGCUUUCAGGAUCUUCCUGCAAAGAAUCCCUCUACAGACAGUUCACUGCCUCAGAGAAAAUUGACUCAAGAAACAUCAGCAAGUAAUCGAGGAAAGUAUGAAGUUGCAGAGGGGAAAUCUUCUCUACCGCCAAUGCAGGCCAUGGGUUCAGAUCCCCUACAAAAUGUUGGAAGUGCAAAAAUUUCAGAGUCUUCUCAAAACCCUGACAAGGAAUUAGCUUUUGCGGGAGACCUUGGAGUUGAUAAAAUGAAAAGUAUUAAGGAUCUUGCUUCUGAUGGUUAUAAAAGUCCGUUAAAGAGGUCAAAUAGUGCUUCUUCAUUAGGAAUCCUACUUAAUAAAGAAGGAGGCUCCAUAAUUUCUGAGUUUUACAACCCUGAAUUUGAGAGGCACAGUGAUGGAUUUCGAGGAAAGAGUUCUUCUGACAUGAUUGUUAGGAAAGAAGGGCCAUUAGUUCCAAAGCUCCGGUGCCGGGUUGUGGGAGCAUAUUUUGAGAAACUUGGGUCCACAUGUUUUGCUGUUUAUUCAAUUGCAGUGACUGAUGCACAAAAUAAAACUUGGUUUGUAAAAAGAAGAUACAGGAACUUUGAGCGAUUGCAUCGGCAUCUUAAAGAUAUUCCAAAUUACACAUUGCAUCUUCCUCCUAAAAGGAUAUUUUCCUCAAACACAGAUGAUGCCUUUGUACAUCAACGUUGCAUUCAACUUGAUAAAUAUCUCCAGGAUCUCCUGUCAAUAGCUAAUGUUGCCGAACAACAUGAAGUAUGGGAUUUCUUUAGCGUUUCCUCAAAGAACUACUCAUUCGGGAAAUCUCCUUCAGUGAUGAAGACCUUGGCAGUCAAUGUAGAUGAUGCUAUGGAUGAUAUUGUACGUCAGUUUAAAGGGGUAUCAGAUGGUUUAAGGCGAAGAGUUGUUGGUUCAUCAUCACUCAUCAACGAGGGAUCUGCUACAUCUACCACUUGGAAUUUGUCCUGGAAUGCAGAUGAAAUUGACAAAAGCUUUACCACGAAAGGUACCUCAGAAAGUGUGUUAAGCUCUGAUAACGAGGAAGGUGAAAAGAACAGCAAUUUUGACCAAGAGAACAUUCAUAGCGAUGUAGCACAAGUUAGUGGAUUGUAUUCUGACAAUGCAUUGAUCUCAAAGAGUUACCCAUCACCAAUAAACAAACGUGAUGAAGAGUCCAGCAACUUGAAUUUUGAUAGAAAGCAUGAUAUGGUGGUGGAAGCUAGGGUUGGCAAUGAUGUUCCUUCUACAAAUUUCAUUCUGAUUAAUGAUAAUUUGGAAGAUCCAGUCGGAGUGCCACCAGAGUGGGCCCCACCAAAUGUUAGUGUCCCCAUUUUGAAUUUAGUUGACAAGAUAUUUCAGCUUAAGAAAAGAGGCUGGAUAAGAAGACAAGUCUAUUGGAUAUCAAAACAGAUUUUACAGUUGGUGAUGGAAGAUGCAAUUGAUGAUUGGCUCCUGAGACAGAUUCAUUGGCUCCGGAGAGAGGAAACUGUUGCCCAAGGGAUUCGGUGGGUCCAAAAUGUCCUCUGGCCUGAUGGUACGUUUUUCUUAAGAGUAGAGACUCCCCGGAUAAUAAGUAGUGACAGUGAUCAAAAGCCUUUUCAAACAAUGAGCAGAUCUGGUGGAAGCAACAUCACAAAAUCUGAGUCCGGGUCUUUUGAGCAAGAGCUUGAGGCUGCUCGUAGAGCAAGUGACAUCAAGAAACUGCUGUUUGAUAGUGCUCCAUCAACUUUAGUCAGCUUAAUCGGCCAUAAGCAGUACAGACAUUGCGCCAGGGAUAUAUAUUACUUUAGUCAGUCUAACACAUGUGUGAAGCAACUUGCUUAUGCAAUUUUGGAACUAGCACUUGUCACCAUCUUCCCUGAGAUGCGGAAUGUUGUGUUGAGUAUUCACCAACCCGUAUAGAGUUCUAUAUGACAUGAGGUAUAUGGGCAGCAUAUGUGGAACUUGAAAUUGGGAAGAACACGUUUUGGUGGUGUGGUGCCAUGUAACCUGCAAGAUGAUUGAUUUGGGAACUCGGCAUUUGGUUUUGUAUCUAUGUCCAAUUGUAUAAAACAUAGAUAGGUUUAGGGCGUGUACAGAAACAAUUGUUUUGUGGGAUUCAUGAUGCUUUGUCAAGGCAUGCCCCAGUUUCAUGGGGAUUUUGUAUUGCUACAGACUCGAGAAAUCCAUCUAGUGAAUAUUCUUUAUUCUUCAUCCUUGGGGCUUGGGAUACGAGGAUUUAUUUUUCUA